AUGUUGCAACAAGACAGCCCCAGCACGGAUGGUCGUCGAUCCCAGCCCAGCCAUGAGGGCAUGUCUGAGAUGACCACGUGGUUGUCAUCAUCGGCCAAGCCUUCUCUACCGUGUUUCAUCUUGGAUUCGAGAGCUGCCUGCCACGUGGCUAGCAACGUGUCAGUAUUCUCGUCGUCGUCGUCGUCGUCGUCGUUCACAGCGGUGGCACCAGCAGCAAGCAGCGCCGCCGCCACUUACCUCGCGCACGACGGGACUCAACUAACCGUCGCCGGGGUCGGCACCGUAUCGUGCGACAACUUCCAUCUCACCGACGUUCUGUACGUCCCUGGUAUGCGUACCGGAGUCAAUCUGGUCUCCGUGCAACAGCUAGCGGAACGUGACUACCUCGUCAUGUUCGGCGGCGACCAGUGCUCUGUCAGGGAACGGAGCAGCGGCAAAAUCGUUGGGAAGGGCCGCAUGCACGACGACGACGGCCUGUACCACCUCGAUUUCCUCACGAUCCCAUAG